AUGGAGCGCAGCAAGCGCCAGAAGCAGCGCAAGGUGUUGCUCAUGGGUCGUUCAGGGGCUGGCAAGUCAUCAAUGCGCUCGAUAGUUUUCUCAAACUAUGUUGCGCGGGAUGUCCGCCGGCUGGGAGCUACAGUGGACGUUGAGCACAGCAACAUCCGGUUCAUGGGAAACCUCAUGCUCAAUCUCUGGGAUUGCGGCGGUCAGGAUUCGUUCGUCGAGUCUUAUCUGACAAACCAACGGUCUCACGUGUUCACGCAUGUCGCCGUGCUCAUCUUCGUCUUCGACGUAUCAUCCAAAGACACCGCCUCGGACAUGCUAUCAUUCGCCUCUACCAUACGAGCGCUCCAUGAGUACAGCCCAAGCAGCAGGAUCUUCGUGCUCAUCCACAAAAUGGACCUCGUGCCACCAGAGGAGAAGACGGCCAUCUUUCAGAAGAAGUCGAGCGACAUCCGGAAGGCAUGCGAGGACGAGGAGUUCUUGCCAGACCAAGUCGGCUUCUGGGCUACUUCCAUCUGGGAUCAGAGUCUGUACCGAGCCUGGACGCAAGUCAUCUACUACCUGGUGCCAAACGCUUCGGCAAUCGAGAACAUGCUUUCAAAGCUGGCAGACGUCUUGGAUGCACGAGAGCUCAUGCUGUACGAGCGCACCACCUGCUUGGUGGUAACCCACAUAUCUCGAGGGUCCGAGGUUAAGAACCCGUUUGCGGACCGUUUCGAGCGGUUGAGCAGCAUCCUCAAAACCCACAAGCAUUCCAUGGCGAAGCAUACCGGCACCAUGGCUUCGGAAGUGUCCUUCGCCGAGAUGCAAGUCAAGACAGGCUCGUUCAUGUUCUUCAUCACACGCCUGACCGAGAACACGAAUCUGGCAAUCGUCAUUGCCAACGACGAGGCUGCCUUCAACUGCGCGAGAAUCAAUGUGCAGCUGGCGAAGAAGGAGUUCGCCCACCUCGACAUCAUGGAGAAGAAAGCAAAAGAUCCACAGCGUGCGGCACGGGAUAGCGUGGCUGCCGAGGAAGAUGCUCGUGGCAGUGAGGAUGGAGACAUGUCCUCGCAAGGCCAGCCGAGCGAUCGAUGA